AUGGCGAGCAAUAUCGACCUUCAAGCACUCGAGAGCCCCGGAAUGGAUAUUAUGGCAACGUCUGGGACAGUGGCCCCUUGCGUCGGAUCCGAACCCGAGAAAGACAUCCAGAGCCACGUUGUCGCCACGAGCACGGCUAACAAACAUGUUGUGCCAUGGCCUCAUGUGGAACCGUGGAGGAGGAAUGUUGCACUGGCAGGUAUCUUUGUUGGGGUGUUUUUCUCGACUCUGGACACAACUAUCAUAGGGACGGCGCUGGUCAGUAUCGUAGAGGAACUUGGGAGCUUUUGGCUAUCGCCAUGGAUCGUCCUGGCCUAUCUUUUGACAUAUAUGAGCUUCGCCAUGGCCAUCGCGCGAUUCAGCGAUAUAUACGGCCGUAAGCCCAUUAUGCUUGUUUCCUGGGCGCUAUUCAUGGUCUUCUCGCUUGCCUGCGCCCUCUCGCACACAAUCCUCCAGCUCAUCGUUUUCCGUGCCUUUCAGGGCCUAGGCGGCGCGGGCCUCUACUCCAUGGGCAUGGUCAUGAUCGCCGAGGUCCUGGAUCCAUCGAAGUUCGCGGCCGGCGCGGCCUGCAUCGGACUCACGGUCGGCGGGUCAGGGGUGCUAGGUCCUAUCUUGGGUGGUGUGAUAUCGAACCAGUCGACGUGGAGGUGGGUUUUCUAUAUGAACCUACCAUUUUCCGUAAUCGCUAUGGCGUCUAUCUUCUUCAUCUGGCCGACUAGCGUGAAGACCUCUGAUAGUAGCAAUUGGCGUACAUUCCUGGGCAUCGACUUCGUCGGUGUACUGUUCAUGAUUGGAGGCUCUGUAUGCUUAGUCUAUGGCCUCCAGUGGGCGACGACAGGGGGACGUUCCUGGGGAGAGCCGGUUGUCGUCACCUGCCUCGUCCUGUCGGGCGUGUUUUGGAUCGCGUUUUUCUCUUGGGAGGGCUUCCUUGGCACGCGCUCCUGGUCGAAUAUCGAACCCAUAUUCCCAAUGCACAUUCUCAAGCGCAGCGUCAUGGCUGCCGCUUUCGGCUCCAUCUUCUGCACCGGCUUCCCCCUGAUUACAGCCACCAUCCUCCUGCCCGAACGCUUCCAGCUCGUCAACGGGUCUUCUCCCCUAUACGCAGGACUCUCCCUGCUCCCCCUCGCCGCCGCCACCGGCCUCGGCUCCUUCAUCGGCGGCGCCAUCUCCUCAGGCCGCAACCUCACCUCCCCAACCCUCAUAGCCGGGUCUAGUCUCCAACUCCUCGCCCUCGGUCUCCUAACAACCAUCCCCGACACAUUGAGCAUCCCGCACUACCUAUACGGAGUAGAAGUCCUCCUCGGAAUCGGUGUCGGAAUGUGCCUCUCAGCCGGCACGCUGAUAGUUACCCUAAACUCGGAGCUAGGCGAGAUCGCAGCAACGCAGGGCGCAACGGCGCAGCUACGUCCGCUGGGUGGCUUUAUUGGACUCACUAUCGCUACGGCGCUGUUUAACGCCCGUUCUGAGCCUGCUCUAAGGAGUUUCCUCUCAGAUGGGCAGAUGGAGGCGCUGCAUCAAAGUCCGUUAGGAGCGUUGACGUUUGAACCCGAUGUGCUAGCGAUGGUGCAGGCGGUGUAUGCGAGAGUGUUUAGAGUGCAGAUGACGGCGCUUGCUGGGGUUGCUGCGCUGGGGGUGCUAGUUGCGUGUGCGUCGUGGGAGAGAAAGGCGGUGGGGAUGGAGAGGAUGAAAGUGCAUUCGGGGGUUGAGACGGAGGUGGAAGAAGAUGAGGGAAGAACGGAAGGAGGGGAAUGUAGAGGUUUGAUAUAUGCGCCUGGGACAUAA